CGUAGUGAAGCGUAUUAUAAGAAACCGGCAAUUAAUUUAGAUACUUUAAUCCAUUUUUAAUGAGUCAAAUCUUUUCUAUGUAAAACUAUAAAGUUCAAGUUUGUUUACGAACAACUAAUUUGUAAAACAUGAGUAAAAACAAUGGUCAAAAUGCCAGUACAAAAUAUAACACGAAGGGUGAUAAAAAGAUUAAAUCCGAGAAAAGGGAUAGCCUUAACAGUUCACAGGGCUCCAAUUUAGAUUCAGAAGAUCAAGAGGUGGAAACAUUUAAUUCGGGGAAGCGAAAGCACGAGAUUCUUCCUCUGUUGGUAUCAAAUUUCCCAGAAAAUUAUGGUUUGGUGAAGAUGACAGAUUUCCUGGUGAAAGGGUGCGGGCCAUGUGAAGUGAGUUUAGCGGAGACCGGAGACAAGAAGGUAGUCGAGGCCAUUUUUGGAAGCACAGCACUCAGAGAGAAAGCUAAGAAAAUCCUAGCUUCGCAGUCUAUUGACAGGGUCCAGAUUAGAGUGGAAUCACCGACACUAGACGAUGAUGAGUCAGACCUGGAAGAAAAUGAUGAACCACAGGUAAAAAGGAAAAAGGAGGGAGACGAGAAGCCAUGGGGUCUUGACAUGGAUGUGUGGCGUUCUGACCCGAAAGGCUAUUAUGGGGUCAGACCCCAAUACUUAGAGUCCUUGGGUAUAGAGACACUUCAAAACUGGGUUUUGGUGAAAAAUUUCCGGUGCUCUAAAGAAGACCUAAGGGAGGUAUUGACCCUGGCGGGCGAAGUAGUAUUGUGCGUGGUCACUUUCGCUAGCCCCAACUCGUACGCUCGCGUCAUGUACAGGCAUCCGCUCGAAGCUUUACAGGCUGUCUCCAUGCUAAACGGUCAAAAAUUCCAAGGCCUCCCUCUAAUAGUUCGAAUAAUCAAAACAAGUUGCAAUGGCGUCCUACCAAAUGGCCUCAACAGUAUCGGACCAGGCCUGGCUAAGAACGGAACACCUCUGAGAGACAUCAGCAGACAUUACGAAAGAUUCGUCAAAGGACAAGAAUCUGAAUUAAAUAGUAGCUUGUUCAGAACUCCAGAAGAACAAUGUUACAACGAACAAGCCACUUAUUCAAAGGCUGAAGCUGAUAAAAAAAGAGCUAAAGAAGCUUUAGAAACGCUCGUUUCUCUAGUCACACAAGGAAUGAAAGUAGACGAUCUGAUGACAGUCCUGAAAUCAAUCAAAGGAAAUCAAGACGUUAACAAUAUAAUUGAGAAUCUUAAAGAAAUUGAAACGAAACCGUCAACGCCUGAUUCCCAAACCAGUAAAAAGGACGCUAAAGAUUCUGUAGAAAAUAAAAUUAAGCCCAGUCCUGUAAAGUCUAAUGAUAAUUCAAAAUCAACUCCGGAUGCUAAAUAUAAGAAGCCGGCAGAAAACGCGAAGAAAUCCCAGCAGAUAUCUACGAUAACGAAUCGUUCUACAAACGCUGCGGCACCCGCUCCUAAAACUACCCCUGUGAGUCCUUGGGCUAAACCUGCACAGCAACCUUUAAACCAGGGGCCAAAUUCUUUUAAAGCUGCGCAGAAUAAGCCGGGGUCUCGUGGCCCUCCGGUUCGUCCAGCGCCGUUUAAUGCGGGAAUGCCGGGCCCUAGGGGUCCAAUGUCUGGCCCCAUGUCCGGCCCAAUGUCUGGCCCAAUGUCUGGCCCGAUGCCUGGUUCUAUGGCUGGUCCGAUGGGUCAAAUGUCAGGCCCUAUGUCUGGCCCGAUGGGCCCAAUGUCAGGCCCAAUGCCAGGGCCCAUGUCUGGGCCUAUGUCCGGGCCUAUGUCCGGCCCUAUGUCUGGGCCUAUGUCCGGCCCUAUGUCUGGGCCUAUGCCCGGCCCUAUGUCUGGGCCUAUGUCCGGCCCUAUGUCUGGGCCUAUGUCCGGCCCAAUGUCUGGACCUAUGUCAAGCCCCAUGGCUGGUCCAAUGUCUGGUCCUAUGUCUGGCCCUAUGCCUGGGCCAAUGGCUGGUUCGAUGAUGGGCCCUAAUUUCCCCAUGCAAGGCCCUAACCAGCCUCAAUUCGGACAUAAUGGGCCGAUGGAUUCUAAUUCUAAUGGACCAAAGGGAUCAGAAGCGAAAUUGCAGUUUAGCAACUUGCCUCCGUCAACCACAUUCGCGUUGCUCAGCGAGAAGUUGUCGCAAGUUGGUCAGCUGCUGUCCAUACAAUUCACGACGCCUGGCUGCGUAGUCGCCAUGUUUGCUCACAGGGAGCAGGCGGAGAGGUGUCGACAGCAAUUCGACCAAUCGCGACUGGAAGGAAACCUCAUUGACGUCAGAUUCAUCUAAAACUAUGGAGAAGUUUAUGAUUUAACAACCAAGGGGGAAGCUGAGUUCAGAUUUGAACCUUUAAGGAAUAGGUUUAAAAUAGAACUUACUUAGCUUUAAGUACAUAUAUGUUAUUCAGUGCGGUUUUUAUUAUCAUUAAGUAGAGUUCUGACUGCUCGUUCACUGAAAAGAUCGCUCCCAACUAGUACGAUCUCCGAAGUGUACUAGUUCGUUAUUUUAGGAUAUUUAGUACAGUAGCACACCGAGAGAGCGAGAGACAAAUUGUGCAUAUGGCUUACAGUAACGCUCGGCCGUUUUCGCGCGCUCUCGGUCCGAGUCUGUCGGUUUUAAUUCGGUUGCGGUCGGAUCACUCGGAUCGCUUUACUGUCAUUGUCACUUCUCGGCUCUUCGCUCCUUUCGCUCUCAUUCUGUUGGCGUGUGUGAGUGUUCCAAAUGUACUAGAGAGCAGAAUCAUUUGGGAGUAGUUCGGUCUAGUACAGUGCAGGGAAUCGUGUAUUUUGUACUAUUAGUACAUGUACUACACAAGCCAAUCAUUGAGGUAUAAAGAUUAGAAGACUAUUUUACUAUUCACAUAAAGGAGAUAGAGUAGGUUUACACACAGAUAUAGGAAGGAAGAAGAUGGCACAUAUCGGGUAAUUUGUAUUGAAUAAGCCUGUCGCAC